CAUUUUGUUUUGUUUUUAGUUUGGGAAAUUUUAAUUUAUAAAUCAGAGAGACUCAAGGCAUGCAAAUGCAUUGACAACUAUUGAAACAGCCAGUUAUGAGUACAAGGGAACAGGGUGAGGUGUUGAUAGAUCAAAACAGGAAUUUGUUAACACCAAAUUGGAGGCAGUGCUCAUCUUCAGCUUUCACAAGUGCAGAUUAUAUGGCCCAGUCUGACAAGGUGUCUCAUCAUUUCCAGCAGAUUCCAGCCAAUGAAAAUACUCAACAAAAGUUCAAAGUUCCUUCAAUUAACGGCCUCCCAACUAAUGCGGGAGAUUCUGGAGAACAGAUGUUGACUAAGUUAAAGGAACACCCAACUGAGAAUGCAGACAGAGAGAGUGUUAGUCCAAAGAAAAUAGUUCCAAGUAAUACAGAGGGACAAGGAGAUGAGUUGAUAUGUGAGAAUGAUCCAGAUGAGCAACAAGAGUUAGUAAGCAGGGAGACAAUACAGAAGCGUGUAUGUUUAGUGAAGUUGUAUGCCUGGAUCAAAGAGGAAAUGUCGAAAACAGCUGCCAGAUCUAUAGCUAGUCAUCUAUACCAGAGUGAACAUAAACUGUUGUCUCGAUGUGACCAUGAGAGUAUAUUACACUGUUCCUGGAGAAGAGAGGCUGUAGAACAGUUACUGAAAAAGGUUCUGAUGGGACCAGCUGAUAUACAUGAAUUAUUUAUGAAAGCUUUGAAGGAACAAGAAGAGAGACAUAUAGCUGAGAAACUAGACAAGGAGACUGCCACUAACGAAGAAAUCCAAGUGUUCUCAGAUCUUGAGUGGUCAUCUCUCGGAAGAUGUUUGAGACCAGAUAGUAAUCAGCCACGCCUGAAGUUUACUGACAGUGACCAUCAAACACUCAUGUAUUACCUUAACAACAAAAACACCAUAGACAACAUAAAUGACCAUCUCUUAUCCCGAUUUAUAUUCAGUAUUCGUGAACACACCAACAUUAAUCAUUGCUGUAUGGACUCGGAAAAACGUGUCAAAAAGUUAAUUUUUACUAUGAAGGUGUGUGCCGAACAUAUUUUCAAAGAUUUCUGUGAGAUUUUAAGUGCUAUAGAAAUGUCACAUGUGAUUGGGAAGCUAGAGAAAAGAAAUCAAGGUCCUGUUACAUGUAGACAGAGACAGAAAAGGAAGUCUACACCAACUGAAGGAAAUGAUUCCGAGCCAUCUACGUCAUCAUCAUCAGCCAAACGUCAGUGUUUUAAUUCUACAGUUGAGUGUCGUCUUGUCACAUCCAUGCAACGGUCUUCCUCAACAUUACGUCUCCAAGCCCUCGAUCAAUUAGGUUUUGAUAUUGAGAAUGUAAAUAAAGGGUCCAUCGUCAUCCAGCUUUGUUCGAAAGAGCCAGACUCCUGGCACAAACUGGAGGAGAAUUGCAGAACUGGGAAGAUAAAAGAUUUUAUACCAGUAGUAUAUAACAAUGAAGCAGUUGAAGAUUUGCUGGAAGAAGGAGAAUAUAGACUAAAGUUUACAAUAUAUACACUACCAACACAGCCUGAUAAACUAGAAGAGAAGAAAGUUAUGUUCCAUUUAGAAACAGAUCAGGAAAAACAAUGUAAAGAAAAACAAGAGGAAGAGAAGAAAAUGACUAAUGGUCACCAAGAAAAUCUGCUGGAAGAGUGUUCUGACCUCCUUUGUGAAGAGUUGGAAAUUAAUAAAGAUCUUAUCUCCUUAUUGAAGAGUGAAAAACUUGUAGAAGAUAACAUUAAAGAGGAAAUAGAUAAGCAAGGUUCAAGAUCAAAGAAAAUUAGAUUCUUGUUAAAGAAGAUUGGAUCUCAUGGCAUGAAAGGGUACAAUGUAUUGAAGGAAUAUAUCAAAGAGGAGAAUGAGGAUCUGUAUAAAGCUAUGGUGACCAAGGAAGAGGUCAAGGUCAUUGACAACAAGAUGGAUACUGCUGCCAAGGUUACUAAAAAUAGACCAACCAAUCACAGAGGAGUUUACAAAAAGGAGGUGUUCUUCACUGGCACAGUUGUUCUCAUGGUGAAGAAACAUGUGAUAGGUAAACAGAAAGGAAGUAAAAGUUCUACGGAGAUGGAAAUAACAUGCCCGGAGAUACUUGAUCCAGUUUGUUACUUUGCUGAGACAGGUAAGGAGAAUGAGAAUAAAUCAGGGGAGGUAACUUUAGUUCUGGAGGAAGCAUGGAGUCUGGUUGGAGCAAAUCAGCCUGCUAAAAGAGAAAUCCUAGUGGGUAAGAGGAAACAGCCAAAGGGUUCAGCAUCUAGCAGUAAAAGGGUACAUAGUGUGUUAGAAGAGACAGAUUCUGAGGUUGAAGACACGCCUGAUUGUGAAGUGGAAACACCAGACACUGACUUAAAAGAUAAGUCAAAGUCACCUUCCAAGUCAGAGAAAGGCGAGGCUAAAACAUCAGUGGAAGAAACAGAAUCAUCCCAGAAGAAGGGUAAAGAAGGAAAGAAAACUUGACAUUUGUGUUUUGACAUUAUCUCAUCAGUAUCAUUUACCAUGUUGUAUAUAUAGGGCACAGUUUUUUCAAGUUAAAUGUAGUUUCCAGGUUUCAAUAAUUAAGCUGCAAUAUGUUAAGUUGUUAAAAGAAUUGCUUACUAGGUGAAAUGUGUUCUUGAUUUGUUUCUUUUUUUAAGUAAUAUUUUAAAUGUAUAUUAUUUCAAAAAUGGGAUCAUAUAAAGGGAGUGUCCAUUGUUGGCGAGUGUUGUCCAAUUUUGUCCAGAGCUCAUUUUCUUACAUCAUUGAGUAUUCCUAAAAAAAUGUUACAAAUACUGUUAUUAGAUCUAGUUUCACAUCCAUGAACCAGUUUGAAGCUAAAGGUCACACUUACAAUGUAAAGAAUAACAAUGAUUAAGGUUAGGCUGUAAUAUAAGUUUAAAUACUCUCUUAUAGUUAUAAACACAUUAUGAUAUUGUGAAACAAGAAUACAUAAAAAUGUACUGAUCAGUUCAUUAAGUUAAUAAAAAAUAAUUAUUAGAUAUCAUAAGGGUAUUAUUGUUUGAUGGUUAAGUUGCUCAAAGGAAAGUAAAUUUUUGGUGAUAGCAUUAAUAAUUUUUUAGGGAGGGAAAAUAUACAUUAAAGUUGAGCUUAUUGUUGAUUUUCAGAUAAUUAUAAUGAAAAUGUCUGGUUUGUGAGAAAUCAUAAUCAUUGUUUGGUGUGUUGUAUUUGAUACUGUUUCUUAGAAUUUGAUAAAAAUGUUUGUUUUUGUAUUGAACUUUUAACAACUUUUUGUUAGUGAUUAGUGUUAUUAUAUUUGUUAAGCUUUACAUGUCUUUAGAUGAAUACAAUUUGUAAAACAACUUUGAUCAUGUGUUUUAUGUUUAAGCAGAGACAUAGAUAAUAGAGGUAGAUAACUUCCUAGCCAGUUAAGAUAUCAUGCAUGCUUGCUAAACUUAAAACUUGUGGCAAGGAAAACAAAUUAACGAGGUAUAAAAAUGCAGUAAAUUAUACAUUUUCUGAAAGCUUAUACAUUAAUUGUGUAUAUGGUUGAAGGUAAAACAUUUAAAGUUCCCAUUUAGAUAAAAGAAACAUUAUUUUUUUGAAGAAAACUAUUUAUUUACUUUUGUUACAUUACUAUGCAUAUGACAAAAAACUGAUCUCAGUCGGUAUGUUCUGCUACAUUAUUUCAAGUGAAAGGCAUAGAAAGCUAUCAGUAUUUUAACAUGCAGCAAUAAAUACAAGUUUUUACUUUCAAAUGGUGUAUAAUGUAAAAGGAUCAAGUCUACAUCCAUUAAGUUUUAAUUGCUACAACAUGCCUAAUUUUUCACAUUUUGAUAGGCAUGAGGGUGAUAUUUCAAUGGAGUAUAAUAUAGGAGCUUCUUAUGUCUGUUAUCUAUGUCUCUGGUUUUAGUAUACACUUUACUUAUUUCAAUGAGGCAUGAAUGCUACUAUAAUGUUGUUGUUUUUUUUAAUUGUAAAUAACAUGUCUUUUUCUAGUUGUUAAUCAUAGAGGUAGAAAGUGUUUUCAAAUAAUAUAGAUCUGGAGAGAGAGAAAAGGAAUUUUAUAGAAAUUCUUAUUAAAGUGCUUGUUAGCUGUUUUGAUUAUAUCUGAUCUGAAAUAGAGGGAUAGAGUUGAGAAAAGGAGUAAAUUACAUGGUAUUAUCUGAACCUGAUUGAUUUGCUAUAUUUAGAUAUUUAAGGAAUGAACAUAAUAAUACAUGUAGAUACACUAAGGAAAUCAGAAAACGUGGGGCUUUUCACAUCUAAGCCAGGGAUACAAACAAACUUCUUACAACUUGGUAAAUUGAUUGAUAGAAGGCUCUUUGGUUGAUCCCUCAAUUGUGAAGGUAGUGCAGUGUGAAACUAUGACAGUCAAGGUUUGGUUGUACCCUACAAUUAGAUGAAGGAAAAAUCCACAUUUGCUGGUAAAAUCUAUUAUUGUUGCACUAUGUUUAAUAGACAUUUAACAUUAAAUUUGAUGGUAAUUGUUAAGGCAUUAAUAAUUGUUUGUUAAUUGUAUAUGAAAAAGUUGACAUUGCAAUGGCUUAAAAUAUCUAUAACCUGCUUGUGGCAACUGACCCUUAGUAAUCUAUGCUUUCAGUGUAGACCAAGAUCAACCUGCACAUCACUGCAGUUUUAUCAUAGUUUGCACUGUUUGCUAUCUAAUCAGUACAUUUUUUUGAAAUUUUCCCUAUAUUUGAUGGAUGGUUUUGUCCAGAUUGAAAGACGGACAAGUCCAUUUACGCUAUUUAGUGUGAUUAGGGUUAAGAUUGUGUAUUCUAUUUUACACACAGUUUUCAUGUUACAUCUAAACAUAUAUACUAAGCUUAGCUUUGUAAAUUUGCAAAGGUCAUAUUCUCAACUUGUAUUAGUAAUUUUAAAGUCCAGACUUAUGUGUUCAACUUUUAGUUUUCUUUAGCAAUUUUACGGGUUUUUCUUUUUUUCAUCAUUUGAUUUUCACAUUUAUUUAAAUGAUUCACCAUCUCAUAUUUAUAGCCAUACUCAUCAUUAUUUUCAGUUUAGUUCUUUACAUUCCCUUGUAUUAACAAUUUAUCAGAUUACACCCAAAGCAAGUAAGACGCUAAAAUCAGUGACAAUGACUAUAGCUAGUCAUGGAGACAUUCAUUACAGUAACAAACAAUGUGAUGGACCAAUAUUACCAGUAUUUGAGCUGAUUAUUUUUUGUAUUUUUCAAGAUAAUUAUAUUACAGACUUUGUUUUCUUGCAUAACAGACAGAAAUAUCUAGCUCUCGGGUAACUGUUUAGUAAAAACUCGGCAGAGCCUUGUUCCCGCCGAAAACAAGUGCCCUCGAGCUAGAUAUUCCUGUCUGUACCGGCAGCCGGUGUAAGAUUCUUAUUAUAUAUUAUUUUCAUUAUAAAAUUUAAAUUACUACAACACUUUUAUAAUGAACAUUUUUUGUAAACAGGAUCCAUAUAUUACUUGUUUAUGUUGUAGUCACACCGUUCUAAUAAUUUAGAAUAUCUGAAUUCGAUGAAAUUCUUUAAAGUUCUUGAUAUACAAUGUAUUUCCAACCUUUAUUGAGCAGUUAAUUCAUAACAGGGUCUAUGCAGAUUUGUAGAAGUUUUCAGAUUCUUGCUAAGUUUCUAUGUGGUAUUGUCCAACAAAUUCAAUCUAGAAAUAAAUAUAAACGCUAAGUUAUUUUUGUGCCAUGGGUUUUCCAAGAGUUUAGAAUUUAUCUAAAUUGUAUAUACAAUGUAUAACAGCUUGGUGUACAGUGGAGCAGAUUUUGUUAAAGCACACUCGUUCUUUAUAGGAAAGAUAGAUCAUUAAGCAAUAUAAACUCGUUUGUCUAAAUUACAAACGUUAUUGUUUAUGAAUAAAGAAAUUAUGCAUGUGCGUUUAUUGGAAGGGCGCAAAUGAAAGGAGCAAAUUUCAUAUUAAUUAAUCUAAAAUGUAAAUAAUUGGAAGUUAAUAGUGUCUCUAUCGUGUGUUAUGCAUAGUUUUUAUGUUUAGAUAUUUUGUUUCAAAUGAACUUUCCUUAGGGUAUGUUCUUGCCGGUGAAGGUUAAUGUUUUGAUAGUAUAUAAUAGAAUGAUGUUAAAGGAACUUGAAUUACAUGUAACACUGAAUUGUUUUCGCUUUUGAUAUUGUUUUACUUCUGAAUAAAACCAUGCACUUCUAAAUUUGUA